GUAAUUCCCUAUCUCACCAGUACGACUCGGAAAAGUGAGGAGAGAGAAUAGAGAAAUAGAAAAGGAAAGAAAUUCCAUUUUCCCGGAAGAAGAAAUGUUGCAACAGCAACCGGCACACCCGCAGCAGAGGGAGAGAGCUCGACGGCGCUGUGAAGGCACUGCCAUGGGCGCCAUCGCCCUCGAUCUCCGUCCCGGCCUCGGCAUCGGCCCUUUUACUUUAGGAAUGCCUAUUUGUGAAGCGUUUGCGCAAAUUGAACAACAGCCUAAUAUUUAUGAUGUCGUGCACGUCAAGUAUUUUGACGAGGAACCUUUAAAGUUGGAUACGGUCAUUAGCUUUCCAGAUCACGGCUUCCAUCUCCGCUUUGACCCUUGGUCUCAGAGGUUGCGCCUUAUUGAAAUUUAUGAUGUCAAAAGGCUUCAGAUGCGGUAUGCCACCUCUCUGAUUGGAGGACAGACCAGUCUUGCCACCUUUGUAGCUGUAUAUCAGCUUUUUGGUCCUACAUAUCCAGGGAUUUAUGAUAAAGAAAGAGGCAUUUAUAAUCUUUUAUAUCCAGGAUUGUCGUUUGCCUUUCCUAUUCCUGCACAGUACACAGAUUGUUGCAAUGAUGGGCAAGCGGAAUUGCCACUUGAAUUUCCUGAUGGUACUACUCCAGUCACUUGCCGUGUCUGCAUAUAUGACAGUUCAUUGGGCAAGAAGGUUGGAGUUGGAUCACUAAUGGACAAGGCUACUGUUCCUCCUCUGCCUGUUGGUAGCCUCUACAUGGAAGAAGUGCAUGUGAAGUUAGGAGAGGAAUUGUGGUUUUCUAUUGGUGGUCAGCAUGUACCUUUUGGUGCAUCCCCACAGGAUGUUUGGACUGAAUUAGGGCGUCCUUGUGGAAUACAUCAGAAGCAGGUUGAUCAGAUGGUGAUUCAUUCGGCCUCAGAUCCACGUCCACGAACAACCCUUUGUGGAGAUUACUUCUAUAAUUAUUUCACGCGUGGCUUGGACAUAUUAUUUGAUGGGCAGACUCAUAAAAUCAAAAAGUUUGUUCUUCACACAAAUUACCCUGGGCAUCCAGAUUUUAACUCGUACAUAAAGUGCAAUUUUGUUAUCCAUUCAUCCGACUUUGUGGGAUCUUUUCCAGAUGAAAGUAGCUCAAAGCACUGCAUUACUGCAAGCACUAAGUGGGAACAAGUGAAGGAAAUUCUUGGUGAUUGUGGUCGUGCUGCUAUUCAAACUCAAGGUUCUACAAACAAUCCGUUUGGAUCUACCUUUGUAUAUGGUUAUCAAAAUGUUGCAUUUGAGGUUAUGAAGAAUGGUUAUGUUGCCACGGUGACUCUGUUUCAGUCAUGAUAGAUGUAUGAUAAUUAACAUUACUCAUUAUCACCUUUGGAAAGCGGUCUUAUUGAUGGUGUGAUACAGCCGUUGCUAAAGUGUGAAGGGAGUGGAAGUUUAAAGUCAUAUCUAAACUUGCUCAUGCCUGCCCGCUUUUUCCUAGUUGAAAUGUCAGGAAGCAAGUGAAACACAAUGUUAAAUGUACAGCCACACUGUAUCAUGUACAGUUCUACUCACAGUGAAUGGAAUUUCUUUGAAGCAAAUAUAUAAUUCAUCAACUCAGUGUACAUUCCUAAUUCUUAUCGGAGGGGCAUAUACUGCCAGCUCCUUCUGUAAUUGAUGUCAUGGCUGCUUAUAGUUCAUGUUCUAUACCUAGUUUCUGUUUCAGAAUUCCAAAUCGUGAUCUGCAUACAACUAUCUCGAUAAUUGUAUUUGAUACGUUGUUACCUUUUUUUAUUUUAUUUUUAUUUAUUUAUUUUACCUAAUUAA